AUGGAGACGGAGGAGAGAGAGUUGAUGUCUCGUGAAGAACUGCAGACACCACUUCAUGCGAGUACAGCAGAGGAGAUGUCUCGUGAAGAACUGCAGACACCACUUCAUGCGGGUACAGCAGAGAAGAGAGGGGAGAUGUCAAGUGAAGAACUGCAGACACCACUUCAUGCGAGUACAACAGAGGAGAGAGAGGAGAUGUCAAGUGAAGAACUGCAGACACCACUUCAUGUGAGUACAGCAGAUGAGAGAGAGAUGUCUCGUGAAGAACUGCAGACACCACUUCAUGCGAGUACAACAGAGGAGAGAGAGGAGAUGUCAAGUGAAGAACUGCAGACACCACUUCAUGCGAGUACAGCAGAGGAGAGAGGGGAGAUGUCUCGUGAAGAACUGCAGACACCACUUCAUGCGAGUACAACAGAGGAGAGAGAGGAGAUGUCAAGUGAAGAACUGCAGACACCACUUCAUGCGAGUACAGCAGAGGAGAGAGGGGAGAUGUCUCGUGUAGAACUGCAGACACCACUUCAUGCGAGUACAACAGAGGAGAGAGGGGAGAUGUCAAGUGAAGAACUGCAGACACCACUUAAUGCGAGUACAGCAGAGGAGAUGUCUCGUGAAGAACUGCAGACACCACUUCAUGCGAGUACAACAGAGGAGAGAGAGGAGAUGUCUCGUGAAGAACUGCAGACACCACUUCAUGCGAGUACAGCAGAGGAGAGAGGGGAGAUGUCAAGUGAAGAACUGCAGACGCCACUUAAUGCGAGUACAGCAGAGGAGAUGUCUCGUGUAGAACUGCAGACACCACUAAAUGCGAGUACAACAGAGAAGAGAGGGGAGAUGUCUCGUGUAGAACUGCAGACACCACUUAAUUUGUGUACAACAGAGGAGAGAGGGGAGAUGUCAAGUGAAGAACUGCAGACACCACUUCAUGCGAGUACAGCAGAGGAGAGAGGGGAGAUGUCUCGUGUAGAACUGCAGACACCACUUCAUGCGAGUACAACAGAGGAGAGAGAGGAGAUGUCAAGUGAAGAACUGCAGACACCACUUAAUGCGAGUACAGCAGAGGAGAUGUCUCGUGAAGAACUGCAGACACCACUUCAUGCGAGUACAACAGAGGAGAGAGAGGAGAUGUCUCGUGAAGAACUGCAGACACCACUUCAUGCGAGUACAGCAGAGGAGAGAGGGGAGAUACACCACUAA